ACCUAGGCUGAUGAUACUCUUUCUGCCAGAAUCAAAUUAGUGCUGCUGGAGGCUUUGUGUAAGAUUUGCAAUUGCGUUAUGCCUUUACAUCAACUGAGGAGCAUCAAGCUCCAAGAUGAUGACUUGAACCAUGUGUCUCUAGGCUUUUCUGUCAGGUUGUGGUUAUGUUUCUGUGGAGAUUAAAGAAAUGCUGUUAUGCAAUGACUUUUAAGGAUUUAUGCUUAAAAAAGUUAAAGUUAAGCACAUAUGAAGGAGCAUACAGGUUCAGGGUUCUAGGAUGGAGUGGUCUGAUGAUUUCCUGGUGGUUUUUCUUAACUGUUAAAUUAAUUCUCCUCUUUUCCCGGCUUCAAAUUUCUCUUUGUAAUCAGAUUUUGUUGGUUAUGGGAACCCUUGAUUUGCUCACUUGCUUUGAGACUUUGAACUUCAAUGAUUCUUACAGAUGCCUGCUAUCAAUCCAGCUGUGUUUGAUCUUCAAUAACCAGGUUAAAAGCAGAAAAUACUGGAAGCAGAGGAAUUGUUUGUGUUAGUCCUUACUACAGAAGAAUAGUGUGCAGUUCAAAAUGGCAGAUGCUACUGGUAAAAAGCACAAAUGUUAACCAAGGCUGGCCACUGUUCCUCUUUGAACACUGAAGAAAAUGUUAUUUCCAGUUUCCUUAUUCACAGGUUUCCCUUCAUUGUAUUUCCCUUUCCCAUUUGUGGGAGAAGAGCCAUGAAGAACCGUUCCUCAUCCCCCCCUUUGCACGUCCAUGUGGAUGAAAACAUCCCUGUCCAUGUCCAUAUUAAAAAGGGGCAGAAAACCACACCUGCAAAAUGCCAGCAAAAGCAGAAACAGAAAUCAAAAGGGGAUGGUGUGCGAGCUGUGCGGGUGAAAACUAAGGCCCCUUGGAUGCCCCCAGGCAAAACAAGUACCCGUGAUACCAUCUUGAAACGGGAGCAGGAAUCAAGUGACUGCCUUGAAAUUGCGCCUAGGGCGGAAUCAGAAAUGAUGCAGUCGGUUCUGCGCCUCAGUGACCUCUCCACCGAGGAUGACGAUCCCAGCUGCUGCAAGAUUAACAAAUAUGAAAAGAAGAUAGACAGCCUGAUGAAUAUGGUGGGAACACUGAAGAAAGAGGUCAAGAUGCAGCAAAUGGAGGAACAGGAGGAAAUAACAAAGCGUCUCCUGGAGGAGCAGAAAGAAGAACUGCAUGAGGUCACACAAGAGCUGGUAGAAACAGAGAAUGAGAACUCGCGGCUAAGGCGCAACAUCGAGCGCAUAAAGGAGGAGAAGGACCUGACUGUGCUGCAGAAGGAAUGCCUGCAGCAGGAGAAGGAGUGUUUGAUGACCAAGCUGAAUGAAGCAGAAAGAGAUGGAGCAGCAGCUGCCAGACAGAUCAGUGCCCUGAAGAAUACCAUUGGGAGGCUCAACAUUGAGAAACACAUGAGCAGCACAGAUAUAAAUGCUUUAACAAGACAGAAAGAGCUUCUGCUCCAGAAAUUGAGCACCUUUGAAGAAACCAACCGGACACUCCGAGAACUUCUUGCAGAGCAGCAAUGCCGCGAGAAAGAUGCCCAGAAGGUACUGGAUCGUCAGGCAUUGCUGCUGAAAAGGAUGGCUGACACAGAUGCAGAGAACAUGCAACUUCAGAUCAGGCUUCAGGGAAGAGAAAAAGAACUGGAAAGCCUCACAGUUCAGAUAGUGGCAGAAAAGGAACAGGCAAAGAAAGCAAUUGAACUCUCCAGAGCUAUGGAGCAAAUGAAAGCCCAUUUACAAGCCCAGCUGCGAAACAAAGAAUCUGAGAACACCCGCCUGCUCACACAGUUGAGGAAUGUGGAGAUGAGUGAGUCUCAGCUUAAGGAAGAACUGGAGCUUGCCAUGGAGCAGUUGAACGAUGUGAAGAACAAGAUGGAUGGUGACAAAGAGGCCCUGAAGAAAGCAGUCCGUGCACAGAAAGAGCGAGCGGAGCGGAGUGAGGACUAUGUGCAAAAACUGACUACCCAGCUGACAGAAAAGGAGAACUGUAUUGCUGAGUGCCGGAGCACUAUUGAGAGCUGGAGGAAUCGCUGCACCAAAGUAACGAAGGAGAAGGAUGACCUUGAGCUGGAAGUUGUUUCACUAAACAGCCGUAUUGCAGACUUGGUGGAGCAACUGGCAAAGGUCCAGGAAAAGACACGGGACGAAAACGAAAUUUUGAUGGAUAGAGUGCACCAAAUGACUGGAGAGAACGGUACUUUAAGGAAGGAUAAUGAAAGACUAAAGUCUGCUCUGAAUGCAAUGGAGGACAAGCUGAACCAAGCACAGAUAGAAUUGCAACAACUCCAGAACUCAGUCAGGAGCUACGAAGGGUUGAUUGAAAGCUACACAGCACAGGCACAGAAGGCCCGAAAGGAAGCAGACGAGCUGGCAGCAAGACUGGAGAAGUGUGAAAAAGAGAACAAGACAUUAAAGGAGGAAACGAACAAGAAGCUUGAGGAGGCUCGUGAGAAGUUCCAGGACCAGCUUGCUGAACUGGAGAAGCUUCCUGAGCUCCUUAAGUACACUGAGACACAGCUGGCAGAGUGCCAUCAGCAGCUCAUGGGUUACGAGAAGAAGAACACGGACCUGUGUGUCAUGAUUUCAGAUCUCCGUGAGCUGAUUGACCUCCAGGGGGACAAAAUGGAGAUGACAAGAGAGAGAUAUCAGUCUGCCCAAGAGGAGAAAAAGCAACUCACCUUGAAGGUGGAGGAACUAGAAAGAAAACUAGAGUCCACGAAUGCCCAGAACAUAGAAUUCCUUCAGGUCAUAGCAAAGCGUGAGGAGUCAAUCCACCAGUGUCAGCUGCGGCUGGAGGAGAAGAGCCGUGAGUGCAGCUCCCUGGCACGUCAGCUGGAGAUGGCCAUUGAGGAUGCCAAAAGACAAGUGGAACAAGCUCGAGAGCGAGCAGUCUCCAGAGAGAGGGCAGCCCAGUCCAAGGUGUUGGAUUUGGAGACCAAGCUGAGCAGGAAUAAAACAGAGCUGAACCAGUUGCAUCGGAGCAAAGAGGAUGCAGAGCGCCGAUACGAAAGCCGCCUCCAGGACCUGCGGGAUCGGCUGGAGCAGUCGGAGAGCACCAACCGCAGCAUGCAGAACUACGUCCAGUUCCUCAAGUCUUCCUACGACAACGUUUUUAGGGAAAGUGCUUUUCUGGGCUCCCCCAGCCACACUCGCUCUCUUCUCUGAGGGCAAUGCUCUACUUGCACCUUUUUUAAGCACACAGAAGGAGCUUUGUUUCAAAAGCCAUAUUGAUAUAGAAAACUGGAUAGCAUUUCAGGGUCACUGUUGGGAGAUUUUUUUAUUGCAGAAUGAGAAAAUAAAAUUAUGUUGGUAUCAGAUCAAAAUGUGGGGUAUCAGCAAUACUGGUUUGGUGCUAAAGGUUGGUGUUACACCAUAAACUGAGCCCCAAAACCAGGUGGUUUUUCGUAUAAUGGAGAAGAUAAUUCUCCUCCUGUUAGGUCGUGAUGGUUCCAGCUCUUAAAACCUGUCAGAGGUUUGUUGAGUGUGUUGAUUUUUGUAAGAGCUCUCUUUGUGCUUCACUUCUCAUUCGGUUUCUCUGUUGGGGAGAUCAUGUGGGGGCUUUUUGCCUGUGGGAUUUUUUAAAUCAUUUUUUAUACUGUUGGUGUGAUGCUGAAGAUAACUGAGGUGCCUGGGCUCUAGACUCACAAGAGAGAAUCUGCUGCACAACCAGUCUUUGUAACAGUUUUAUACCAGAAAUUAUGAGUUUGGUUUGGUUUUUUAUACUUGAUUCUUAAAUACUCCCUGAUCCUUAUUUUUAUUUGUGAGUGUGAUACUAAUGUUGCUUUUCUCCUCUUACCCUGAUUUUCUGAUCCUGAAUAUACCCACCCAGGUCUGAGCCAAAACAAUGUAAAUUUGAAGGAAAUCAUUGUCACUUCAUUUGGAAUCUUGGUGCAAACGCCAUGUGAGUUCUGGGUGUGUGUGAAAUCCUGACUUUGUCUUAAGCCAACUAAGGAGAAGCUGCAGAUACUCAACUUCUUCAUCAAAAUCCCCUACACCUUCUGGAAAAUCAGGUCUUUUGUGUGUCAAGUCCCUAAAGUCCAUGUGCUUUCUAGUGGCCUAUUGUUUCUAUUAAAUGGUUCUUAGGGCAACAAAAAUAAACCUUGUUUUUAUUUUUCUCUCUUUUGUAUCCUAUUUAUGUUCCUUGUGAUGUGGUCAUUGGCAGUAUUUGUCAUAAAAGGUUUCUAAACAAAUCAGUUUCUGAAAGAUCUGUAAUUGUGCACGUUUAACAUUUUAAAAAUCCCAGAAGUGCUGGGGGAGAAACCAAUAAACUACAUUUUAAUUGGU